AUGGGAUUCCAAGGCCGAUCAGCAACGGCUGUGCUCUGUUUGAGCAUCCUGCUGGUGGGCUCCAUCCAGGCGUGCGUCGUGGAACAACUCCAGAACCUUUCCGGUCUUCUGGUGGUGUCUCAGGCCCUGCAGGCCGACCUCACCCCCAGUGAGCUUUUCAACAACACAGAACUGCUGACGACACUCCUGUCCGCUCACACGCUCCCGGGCCUCAUCCCGGGGAGUGAUCUGGUGACUGGAGCUACCUGGGAGUCUCUGGAGCCGGGCGUGAACGUCACGAUUCCUGCAUACCCAAAUGUUGUGGCCUCCGGGUCGUACCUCACCUCUGGGUAUGGGCCCCCGGCCCGGAUCAUUGCUGUCCACAACCCCAGCGACUGCGAGAGCAUUAUCUACGUCCUCCUCUCUCCUACACUCACCACUGAGCUGAGCAUCCGGGAGUGA